AUGAAGAUUGACUGGAACGAACGCAUCGCCGCAAGGAGCGGCGAGAGGGGUUCGCCGCAAAGCAGUGCUUUAGCGGCGGAAGGUAACUCUCCCUCCUCCUCUUCCAAGUUAUCCUCUCUGACAGAAGAGGAGGAGGGAGAGCUGGCGUUUGCGAUAAUCGAAGAGACUUUUGCUCUUGAGGGGGUGGAGCGGAGCGCACCUGAAGCUGCGCUUGUUGAUGCGUUGUUCCAGAUCGAAGGGGAGGGAGAAGAUGAGAUGGAUAAAGACGAGACGCUGAUGCUCGCGUUUGAAUUGAUGAUGGCGGGGACUGAUACUACCACGGUGACGCUGGAAUGGGCGCUUGCUGAGCUGGCGCAGCACCCCGACAUGCUGGAAAAGGUCCGUGCUGAGGUGGAUGCAGCGUAUGCCAAGUCAGCAAGUGGAGCCUCCGAAACUGGGGCGGCUGAAGCAGGAGGAACGGAUUUCAUGGUAUCUCUUCCGGUAGCAGAAAUGCCCUACCUGCAGGCUCUUUUAAAAGAAACACUUAGGCAUCACACAACGGCCCCCAUCCUCAUUCCCCAUAUGACAAGUAAUAGCGGAACACUGGGUGGUUACCACAUCCCUCCCAACACCAUGAUCCAGAUCAACGCCUGGGCCCUCGCGCACGAUCCAACAGUCUGGAUCAACCCGCACGAAUUUGACCCCUCCAGAUUCCUUGGCCCUGACGCCCCUGACCUGACCGGGCAAAAUUUCAGCCUGCUGACCUUUGGCUCGAGCAGACGUGGAUGCCUUGGGCUAAACCUGGCAAUGGACCUUUCUGCCCGCCUGCUGGCGAAUUUUGUUCGGCGGUUUCAGAUUGAACUGCCCGAAGAUGUACGGGCAGCUGGAGGAGUGGACUUAACAGAACAUUUUGCGCUGACCACAGUGCUGGCGAAGCCGCUCAGAGUGGUGUUGAGAGAGAGAAAGGGUGUGGCAGGGGCAGCGGUGGCUGUUGCUGGUUCUUGA